CUGUGCGGUCCCAUCCGCCCUCCCGUUCCUGCAGCACCGGCGCCCGGCGCCCCUCGCCCCUCGCCUGGCACCCACUGUCCACCAUGCCCGUGACCCUGCUGCUCCUCGUGUGGCUCCUGGGACUCCACGGUGCAGGACCAUUCACGGUGCGGCUGGCCGGGGGCCCCAGCCAGUGUGCAGGGCGCGUGGAGGUGUGGCACGAGGGCCGCUGGGGGACCGUGUGCGAUGACGACUGGGAGCUGCCAGAUGCAGCUGUGGUGUGUCGGGAGCUAGGCUGUGGCACAGCCCUCUCAGCCCCAUCGGGUGCCUGGUUCGGGGAGGGCUCAGGCCCCAUCUGGCUCAAUGGGCUGCGGUGCCGGGGCACUGAAGAGCGUCUUGAGCUGUGCCGGCACCGUGGCUGGCGCAAGCACGUCUGCGCCCAUGAGGAAGAUGCCAGCGCCGUGUGCUCAGCUCAUCCCUUCUGGCCCCUCAGCACUGCAGAGCCCUCCUUGCCCUCCGUGCCAUGGCAUGGCCACGCGCCCACUGCUGGCAUCCCUGCUCCAGGCUUCAUCACUCUGCCUCCUGGUGGCAUGGCGGUGCAACUGGCCGGGGGCCCCAGCCGGUGUGCAGGGCGCGUGGAGGUGUGGCACGAGGGGCGCUGGGGCACCGUGUGCGAUGAUGACUGGGGGCUGCCGGAUGGGGCUGUGGUGUGCCGGGAGCUGGGCUGUGGCACGGCGCUGGAGGCCCCUCGUGGUGCCCACUUUGGUCCCGGCACUGGGCCCAUCUGGCUGGACGACAUGGGUUGCAGCGGGGAGGAGACAGCGCUGGAACAGUGCCAGGCACGGCCCUGGGGCCAGAAUAACUGCAAUCAUGAGGAGGAUGCCAGUGUGGUGUGCACAGGCGGCCCCAUGGUGCGGCUGAUGGGUGCUGAGGGCCGCUGUGCUGGCCGGCUGGAGGUCUUCCACAAGGGCCUCUGGGGCACUGUGUGCGACGACAUGUGGGGGCUGCCAGAUGCAGCCGUGGUGUGCCGGGAGCUGGGCUGUGGGGAACCACUCUCAGCACCUGGAGCGGCCUUUUUUGGUGAGGGCUCUGGUCCCAUCUGGCUGGACAACGUGCGGUGCCAAGGGAACGAGUCGGCCUUGCUGCAGUGCCCGGCUGCCCCAUGGGGCAUCACGGACUGCCAGCACCGUGAGGACGCAGCAGUGGUCUGCACAGAUGAGCUGAGGUCCCUGGACAUACAGCCUGCAGAGCCCACUCCCCACCAGCCACCAAUCAUGCCACCACGGAGCCCACCCUCGGCUGUGCCGCGCAAGAAGACACAGGCCCGCAUCCCUGGCUCUUCCAAGACAGCCACGGCCAGCAAGCCCGUGGCAGGAACAGCCCGGAAGGGGCCAGCCCAACUCCGUCUGGCUGGGGGCUCCGGGCGAUGUGCGGGGCGCGUGGAAGUGCUGCAUGCCGGGCGCUGGGGGACCGUGUGUGAUGACGGCUGGAGCCUGGCAGCCGCAACAGUCGUCUGUCGGGAGCUGGGAUGCGGGGCAGCCCUGGAGAGCCCCGGCAGGGCCCGGUAUGGCCCAGGCACCGGUCCCAUCUGGCUGGACGAGGUUAACUGCACGGGGGCAGAGCCUACACUGCGGCGGUGCCUGGCAGAGCCCUGGGGCAGACACAACUGCAACCACCAUGAGGAUGCAGCUGUGGUGUGUGAAGGACAAAGGGACCUGCCGUCAGCGCUGCGGACCCUGCCACCAACCAGAAGCACCCUGAGCACCCAGCAUCCUGCAAGACAGAGUCCAGUCAGCACCACCUUGCACACCCAGCAGCCAACAGGACGGGAUGCAAGUGGUACCACUCUGAGCACCCAGCACCCUGCAGGACAGGAUCAAAUUGGCACCAUCCAGGGAAAAGGUAGGCGGGAUCCAGUCAGUAUCAUCAGGAUCACACGACUCAAAGCAGAACAGGAUCCAGCUGGUAUCAUCCAAAGCACCAAGCCCAAGUCAGGACGGGAUCCAGGUGGCACCUCCAGGUCCAAAGCAGGAUGGGAUCCAGCUAGCACCAACAGGUCCAAAGCAGGAAGGGAUCCAGCUGGUGCCACCAGGUCCAAAGCAGGAUGGGUUCCAGCUGGCACCAGCAGGUCCAAAGCAGGAUGGGUUCCAGCUGGCACCAACAGGUCCAAGGCAGGACAGGAUCCAGUAGGCACCAUCCGCAUCAGCCGACCCAAAGCAGGGCGAGAUUCAUCUGGUAUCCUAAGGAUCACCCGGCCCAAAGCAGGGCAGAAUGCAGCAGGUGCCAUGAAGACCACCAGGAGCCCAUCAGGACAGGGUUUGGGUUGGACCACCCAGCGCACCAAGCCCAGAACAGGACAGGAUCCAGUUGGUACCACCAAGAGCACCUGGUGUCCAUCAGGACAGGAUCCUGUUGGUACCACCCAACCCCAAGCAGGACAGGAUCUCACAGUUGCCAUCCAAAUCACCAAGCACCCAUCAAGACAGGACCCCAUUGGUGCUACGCAACCCAAAGCAGGCCAGGAUCUGGUUGGUACCACAACAAACACCAGGCCCAGAGCUGGACAGGACUCAGCCCAUACUGUGUUGCUCCCAGCAGGACUGGGUCCAGCUGAAACUGAGGGCAUCCAGGCCCUCCUUGAAUGGAAUAUAAACGCCACUAUAUGGAGUAAGCAGAACUUAGCAGAACUAGGUACAGAUGAUACCACACAGAGCAUACAUCCUUCAGUGGUACCAGCUCCAGACUCAGUAGUACUGAGUCCAGACGGUAUCACGCAGAGCACACCUCCUGCAGUGGAGCUGGGUCCAGAUGAUAACACAUGGAGCACACGUCCUUCAGUAGUGUUGGAUUCAGACUCAGUAGUACUGGAUCCAGACGAUAGCAUACAGAGCACAGGUCCUGCUGCAGAACCAGGUCCAGAUGAUACCACGUGGAGCACACAUCCUGCAGUAAAACUGAGUCCAGACGAUAACAUGCAGAGCAUACAUUCUGCUGUAGAACAAGGUUCAGAUGGUACCACAUGGAGCACACAUCCUGCAGUAGAACUGGGUCCAGAUGACAUCACAUGGAGCACACAUCCUGCAGCAGAGCUCCGUCCAGAUGGUACCAUGAAGCACACACUCCCUUCAGCAGAACUGGGUACAAAUGAUACCAUACAGAGCAUACAUCCUUCAGCAGACCUGGGUCCAUAUGGUACCAUACAGAGCACAUAUCCUGCAGCAAAACUGGGUCCAAAUGGUACCACAUGGAGCUCAUAUCCUUCAACAGAACUUGGUCCAGGGCGUACCAUGCAGAGCACACAUUUUGCAGCAGAACAGCAUCCAGAUGGUACCACAUGGAGCAUGCAUUCUGCAGCAGACUUGGCUCCAGCUGGUACUACUUGGAGCAAACAUCCUGCAGCAGAAUUGGGUCCAGAUGGUACCCCAUGGAGCACAUAUCCUGCAACAGAAGUGGUUGGUACCAUGCAGAGCACAAGUCCUACAGCAGAACUGAGUCCAGAAGAUACUGGCCUGGAUCCCGGCCCUGCUGGAGCCUCUCUUCACCCCACAGAGCCCCGUUCAGCCCACCUGCCUCAGCACCCAGCUUUGAUGACGGAAGACCCUCUUGCCCUUGCAGUCCACCAGAAUCCAGCUGCCAGCACCCCCUUCCUGCAUCCCACAGGGAUGUCCAGCACCCAGAGCCCCCCAGCACCCACCCAACCCCCCAGAGGGACCUCCAGCACUCAGAGCCGCCCAGUACCCAUGCAGCACCCCACAGGGAUCCCCAGCACCCAAAGACCCCAGGCAUCCACCCAUCUCCCCACCAGGAUGCCCAGCACCCAGAGCCCCCUAGCAACCAUGCAGCGCUCCACAGGGAUCCCCAGCACCAAAAGACCCCAGGCAUCUUCCCACUCCCCCACUGGGACCUCCAGCACCCACUCAGCAUCCACACAGCACCCUAUGGUGACCCCCAGCACCCAGACACAGCGUGACCCUCCCCAGCCAACCACAAGGACUCCUGGUCCUCAGAGCCCCCCAACCAUUUCUCAGCACUUUACAGGGACCCUCAGCACCUCACAAGAACCCACAGCACCCAUCCAACACCCCAUAGGGACCCCCAACACACAGACAGAACUUAUACUGUCCCAGAAUCCGGGUGCAGAGCUCCAUAGCAUCUGGACACAGCCAGCCUCUACCCAGCACCCCACAGGGACCCCCAGCAUCCAGGGGCACCCAGCACCCACAGAGACCUCCACAGCAGCAGUCAGCACCAAAAGAACCUCAGCACUCAUGAAUGCCCCUACAGCAUCCCCUAGGACCCAGAGAUCCCCAACACCCACCCAGAUCCCCAGCCUACAGAGCACCCCAGCACCCAUCCAGCACUCCACAGCAUCCCCCAGCCCCCAGAGCCCCUCAACACCCACCCAGCACCCCAUGGAGACCUCCAGCACCUGGACAGAACCUGCACCUAGUAAGCCUCCCGUGGAGACCCCCAGCCCUUAUAUACAUGCUGCCACCUCCAGCCACCCCAUGGAGACCUCCAGAAUCCAGAGACCCACAGCAUCCACCCAGCCCCCCAUGAAAGACCCCCACACUCAAAGACCUCCAGCACCAAUGCAGCACCACAUGGAAACCCCCACCCUUUAUAAACAUACUCCCUCCAAGCACCCCACAGAGAUCCCUAGCAGCCAGAGACCCCCAACAUUCCCUCAGCCCUCUAUAGAACCUCUCAGCAUACAGAGCCCCCCAGCACCCACCCAGCACCCCAUGGAGACCUCCAGUACCUGGACAGAACCUGCACCUAGUGAGCCUCCCGUGGAGACCCCCAGCCCUUACAUACAUGCUGCUACCUCCAGCCACCCCAUGGAGACCUCCAGAAUCCAGAGACCCCCAGCAUCCACCCAGCCCCCCAUGAAAGACCCCCACACUCAAAGACCUCCAGCACCCAUGCAGCGCCACAUGGAAACUCCCACCCUUUACAAACAUACUCCCUCCAAGCACCCCACAGAGAUUCCUAGUACCUAUAGCCCCCCAACAUCCCCUCAGCCCCCCAUAGAGUCCCUAAGCACACAGAGUCCCCCAGCAUCCACUCAGCACUCCAUGGAUAUCCCCAGCUUUUCCACACAAGCUGCUCCCUCCAAGCACUCCAUGGAGAUUCCCAGCCCCCAGAGCCUGCCAGCACCCACCCAGUGCCCCACAGAGGCCUUCAGCACAGAUCCUGAGAGCACCCCAACAGGCCCAAUGGUGGCUGGGGCCAUGCACACAGGUGUGGCUCUGCUGGCACAGGAGGUCACGUCACCAGCCCUCCCUGCAGUGGAGGUCCCAGAGGCAAGGCAAGCCAGGGCUCAGGCUGGGUCUGGGCGCUGCGUGUCCUGCAUUACGCCUGAGCUGCGAGAUCUGCUCCAGGAGGUGCGGGAGCUGCGUGGGGAACUGCGGGAGCUUGCCCAUGCCCAGCAGCAGAGCAGCCAGCACCUAGAGGCCAUUGCUGGCAGCCUGGCAGAGCUGGCAAGCUCAGUCCGCCACCUCCUGGGGGGCCUUUCCUUGUGGUCACGGGGCCGAGGUCCUCCACCAUGCCGCCGGGAGCCCCCUCGGGCUCUUGGGUCACUCUGUGUUGCAGUGCUGUCGCUGGAUCUGGGAUGUGUGCCAAGGCAUGAUGCAAUGGGCCUAUGGUUUGGACGCUUGAACAUGGCCACCUACCUGUGUCUAUUCUCCAAUGCAGAGGCAUCUGUCCGUCUGUCAGGUGGCCACUCACGCUGCAGUGGGCAUGUGGAGGUCUACCACAGUGGCCACUGGGGCAGUGUGUGCAGCCACGGCUGGGACCAGGUGGCAGCCCAUGUGCUGUGUCGACAGCUGGGCUGUGGGCGGCCGCGGCGGGUCCCUGUGCAAUGCAGCAACUUUGCACCCAGCCAGGUGCCAGUGAUACUGAGCAGGGUGGAGUGCAUGGGGCAGGAGAAGGCCCUGGCGCAAUGCAUCCUCAAGCCAGGGCAUGGGAAACCUUGCCCCCGAGAUGAACUUGCAGGCGUUGAGUGCCACGAACCCUUCCAACUGAGGCUGGUUAGUGGCCCUGGGCGGUGUUCAGGACGCCUAGAAGUGUGGCACAACAGGACCUGGGGCACUGUGUGUGAUGAUGGCUGGACCACAGUUAACGCUCAGGUGGUGUGCUACGAGCUGGGCUGUGGUAUGGCACAGCCGGUGCCGAAGCUGCCCGUGGACUGGCCCCGUUUUGCCCUGGGCAAGGGGCACAUCUGGCUGGAUGACGUCCGCUGCAAAGGUCAUGAGAAGAGCCUGAGGGACUGCGCCCACCGUGUCUGGGGGUAUCAUGACUGCACUCACUCUGAGGAUGUCAGUGUCGUCUGCCAGGAUGCUUGAGCACCAUACCUCCACCACCAGGCCUAUCCCGCUCCCAGCAGCAACAACAUCCCUCCACCAGAGCAUCCUUUCUGCAGCCUCUCCAGGUCAGCCCUCAGUCCCUUGCUCCAGAAAUGACCCUGCAUAUGGUGGGCUUCCCCCCGAGGAUGCCAGUGAAGGGAGCAGGGGCUCCUUGCAACAUCUGCACUGCAGUGCCUGCUGGAUACACUGCCCCCACUUCCCCUCCCUGCCCCUACCAAAUCAUUA